CUGUACAUACGCAGACAGCGCGACGGCGAGACAGCGUUCUUCAAAGCGUACAAUUACAGAGAUGGAAGGAACGGUUUGAAACAGAGUUCUUUCAGUCUUCGGUUUUUCAGUUCCCGUUCAAAAUGGCGGCACUCCCGGCUAAGGUUGUGGCGGUCGUGUCUAACAACAUUCAGGUGGCGUUCAUGCUGAUUUUGGGUCUUUUGAUUCCAAACUUUGCGAAACGUUUCUUCUUCAAAAGACGCCUUCCCUAUAUAAGUGAAGAAAAACAACAAUGGAUGAAAAGUAUGACAGAUCCGGACGCUUUCGCCGAGUCAGCUUUUACUUGGCAACAGGCCAAAACUCGCUGGCUUCGAGGAAUGCAGGUCCUUUACUCAAAAGCAGACGAAGGUUGUUUGGCGCCAAACGUCCCAUUAUUUCGUAUCCAAGACAAGUCGAAGUGUCGUCUGCUCGACUUUGCCAAACCGGGUCGCCCUCUGGUGGUCAACUUUGGAAGUUGCAGCUGACCCCCGUUCAUUGCAAAAUUGGACGCCUUCAAGGAGUUGGUGACCAAAUUUGCAGAUAUCGCUGACUUUAUCACUAUCUACAUCCAGGAAGCGCACCCAUUUGAAGGAUGGUACAUCGCCACAAAACGGUAUAAUCUACACCGACACAAAACUCUCGAGGAUCGCUGUCAGGCGGCGGCCAUGUUGGAUGAAGAAAAUCUUUCCUGCCCAUUGCUUGUCGAUGGUAUGGACAACGCCGCGCAGAGAGCUUACGGGGCUUUUCCAGAACGACUGUACAUCGUGAAGGAUGGCCGCGUAGCUUAUGAAGGAGGCUUGGGCCCGGAUAAAUACAGGCUAGAAGAAGUGGAAGCUUGGUUGGAAUCGCAUUAGGCAUUUGAACGUAAAGACCAACAUUUGUAGAAGUUUUAAUCACUGACACCGACAAGCUCUGUUUACACUUUCUGAGCAACAGACUCUCAUAUGGAAAUGCCCAAUUCUGUCGCAAGUAAUCAGCCCUAAAGAAAAAGUCCUAUGGGCCAAUUUUGUAUAGACUAUAAGAUCUUUUCUUAAGGGAAAACCGUGUCCAUACAGAUAAAGCAACUCAACACACAGAUAAAUGCACAUGUAUAUCCUUGCCAGAAAUCUAAAUGAUUUACUACGACUUAUUAGAACCCCCUUUACAGUGGACGGCGUCCUUUCUGCGUGCUUUGUGCGACCAUGAAAUUGGCAUCGCUGUGGUCGUAGAAAGGAGCCACAAGCAUCGCUUUGGUUACUGAAUGAAUU